AUGUCUCUCUCUCUCUCUCGUCUUGAAGUCAGAACUCGAUGUCUCUCUCUCUCUCUCGUCUUGAAGUCAGAACUCGAUGUCUCUCUCUCUCUCUCUCGUCUUGAAGUACCACACCGCUGCAAAAUGUCAGUCGCUGAUGACUGGGCAGCGGACAACAGCAGCGUAGGGAGUGCUAGAAGCAGUAGUAUAAGCAGCGGGAGCAGCACGGGUGGUGCCUAUAUGAUUGAAGCCAACCAUGACAAUGAAUGUCUCCUGUAUAUGGUCAACGUGAGUACUGGUCAGAACUACAGCAUGUCCAACUGUGAGGUUGGCUGGACAUACGAGCCAGUUGACAAUGAAUGGACAAUAUCAGCUGAGUGGGAUCUUGUGUGUGACCAUUCCUAUUUAAGCUCACUUGUUGUCACCAUCUACUUCUUGGGAGUGAUGGUAGGUGGACCCUUGUUUGGUUUUUUGGCUGACAAAUUUGGCCGCAAACCAGUCUUACUACUUUGCCUCUACACCCCUAUUAUCCUGGGGGCUAGUGCGGCCUACAUUCAACACUAUGAAAUCUUUGCAGUCUUUCGAUUCCUUACAGGAAGUUGCAUACAGGGUCUGCAAACAACGACUUUUGUGAUGACAAUGGAGCUGUUUCUGACCAAGAAGAGAGCCCGUGCAGGAACAUUUAUUGAAUUAAUGAUUGGGGUCGUCGUUAUGGCACUUGCAGGCCUCGCUUACCUUCUACGAAAUUGGCGACAUCUUCAAUUGGCCAUUAUGGUAUUCGUUCUCUCUUAUGUUCACCGUUCCUUCUCUCUCUCUCUCUCUCUCUCUCGCGUUCACUCUUCCUCCUCUCUCUCUCUCGCGUUCACUCUUCCUCCUCUCUCUCUCUCGCGUUCACUCUUCCUCCUCUCUCUCUCUGGCGUUCCUCUUUCUCUCUCUCUCUCUGGCGUUCACUCUCCUCUCUCUCUCUCUAAGUUCCUCUUCCCUCUCUCUCUCUCUAGCGUUCACUCUUCCUCCUCUCUCUCUCUGGCAUUCCUCUUCCUCUCUCUCUCUCUGGCGUUCCUCUUCCCUCCUCUCUCUGGCGUUCACUCUUCCUCCUCUCUCUCUGGCGUUCCUCUUCCUCCUCUCUCUCUCUGGCGUUCACUCUUCCUCCUCUCUCUCUCUGGCGUUCACUCUUCCUCCUCUCUCUCUCUGGCGUUCACUCUUCCUCCUCUCUCUCUCUGGCGUUCACUCUUCCUCCUCUCUCUCUCUCUGGCAUUCCUCUUCUCCUCUCUCUCUCUGGCGUUCCUCUUCCUCCUCUCUCUCUCUGGCGUUAACUCUUCCUCCUCUCUCUCUCUCGUUCCUCUUCCUCUCUCUCUGGCGUUCCUCUCUCUCUCUCUCUUCACUCUCUCUCUCUCUCAUUCACUCUCUCUCUAUUUCACUCUCGUUCACUCUCUCUCUCUUUUCGUUCACUCUUCCUUCUCCCUCUACGCGUUCCUCUUUCCUCUCUCUCUCUGCCAUUCCUCUUCCUCCUCUCUCUCUGGUUCUCUUCCUCCUCUCUCUCUCGUUCACUUCUUCCUCUCUCUCUCUCUCUCUACGUUCCUCUUCCUCCCUCUCUCUCUAAAAUUCACUCUUCCUCCUCCUCUCUCUCUCGUUCCUCUUCCUCCUCCCUCUCUCUCAUUCCUCUUCCUCCUCUCUCUCUCGCGUUCUCUUCCCCUCCUCUCUCUCUCGGCGUUCACUCUUCCUCCUCCUCUCUCUCUCUCCGUUCCUCUUCCUCCCUCUCUCUCUCUAGCGUUCCUCUUCCUCCCUCUCUCUCUCGCGUUCCUCUUCCUCCUCUCUCUCGCUCGUUCUCUUCCUCCUCUCUCUCUCUCGCGUUCUCUCUUCCUCCUCUCUUGCAUGCAUUUUGACUUCUUUCUGUUUUCUCUUUCACUCUCUCUGAUUAUGAAUGAUAUUCUUUUUAUCUCUCUCACUUUUCUCUGUCCCUCAUCCUUUUCUCACCCUCUCACUACUCUUUCACAUUUCUCCUCCUUCUCACUCAUUCUUAUUAUGAGUGGUAUUCUCUUUAUCUCUCUCAUCCAUUUCUCUCUCUCUCUCUCUCUUACUUUGACAUCAUCCUUUUUACUUCCUCUCAUUCUCAUUUUUUAUCCUCUCACUUUUCUUCCCCCUCUUAUAGUGAAAAGCAUUCUCUUUAUCCUUCUCCUCCAUUUCUCUUUCUCACUCUUUUUAUUUCCUCACACUUCUCUUUCUCUCUCGCUUAUUGUGAGUGUCAUUCCACUCACUUUUCUUUUUCUCUCUUACCAUCUCUUUCCCUCCUCUCAUUUAACCUCACUCUUUCAACCUUCUCUCUCACUCUUGCAUUCUCACUCCCUCUCUUAA